AUGGUAUACUCUGAUGCUGGGGGUGAUGCUGAUGAGGGAGGGGUACAGGUGGAAUGGCUGAAAAAUGAGGAGCCCAUUGACUCGGAACAGGAUGAGAACAUUGACACCAGGGCUGACCAUAACCUGAUCAUCAGACAGGCCCGACUUUCAGACUCAGGGAAUUACACAUGUAUGGCAGCCAACAUCGUGGCCAAGAGAAGGAGCCUCUCAGCAACUGUGGUGGUCUACGUGAAUGGAGGCUGGUCUUCCUGGACAGAGUGGUCAGCCUGCAAUGUUCGCUGUGGUAGAGGAUGGCAGAAACGUUCCCGGACCUGCACCAACCCCGCUCCUCUCAAUGGUGGGGCCUUUUGUGAGGGAAUGUCAGUGCAGAAAAUAACGUGCACUGCUCUUUGUCCUGUGGAUGGCAGCUGGGAAGUGUGGAGUGAAUGGUCAGUCUGCAGCCCAGAAUGUGAACAUCUUCGUAUCCGUGAGUGCACAGCUCCACCCCCAAGAAAUGGAGGCAAGUUCUGUGAAGGUCUCAGCCAGGAAUCUGAAAACUGCACGGAUGGUCUCUGCAUUCUAGGCAUUGAGAAUGCCAGCGACAUUGCUUUGUACUCGGGCUUGGGUGCAGCCGUUGUAGCUGUUGCAGUCCUGGUCAUCGGUGUCACCCUCUACAGACGAAGCCAUAGUGACUACGGAGUGGACGUCAUUGACUCUUCUGCAUUGACAGGUGGCUUCCAGACCUUCAACUUCAAAACAGUUCGUCAAGGAAAUUCUCUACUCCUGAAUCCUGCCAUGCAGCCAGACCUGACUGUGAGCCGGACAUACAGUGGACCCAUCUGUCUGCAGGAUCCCCUGGACAAGGAGCUCAUGACAGAGUCCUCACUCUUCAAUCCUUUAUCUGACAUCAAAGUCAAAGUCCAGAGCUCAUUCAUGGUUUCCCUGGGAGUGUCUGAGAGAGCUGAGUACCAUGGCAAGAAUCACUCGGGGACUUUUCCCCACGGAAACAACCGCGGAUUUAGUACAAUACAUCCCAGAAACAAAACGCCGUACAUCCAAAAUCUGUCAUCACUGCCGACAAGAACAGAGCUGAGGACAACUGGCGUCUUUGGCCAUUUAGGGGGGCGCUUAGUAAUGCCAAAUACAGGGGUGAGUCUACUCAUACCACAUGGUGCCAUCCCGGAGGAGAACUCAUGGGAGAUUUAUAUGUCAAUCAACCAAGGUGAACCCAGCCUGCAGUCAGAUGGAUCUGAAGUCCUCCUGAGUCCUGAAGUCACCUGUGGGCCUCCAGAUAUGCUUGUCACAACUCCCUUUGCACUGACCAUCCCUCACUGUGCAGACGUCAGUUCAGAGCACUGGAACAUCCACUUGAAGAAGAGGACCCAGCAGGGGAAGUGGGAGGAAGUGAUGUCAGUGGAGGAUGAGUCCACAUCCUGUUACUGCCUCCUGGAUCCCUUUGCCUGUCAUGUGUUGCUUGAUAGCUUUGGAACAUAUGCCCUCACAGGAGAGCCAAUCACAGACUGUGCAGUGAAGCAGCUCAAGGUGGCUGUGUUUGGCUGCAUGUCCUGUAACUCCUUGGACUACAACCUGCGAGUUUACUGUGUGGACAAUACUCCUUGUGCAUUUCAGGAAGUGGUUUCUGAUGAACGACACCAAGGUGGCCAGCUCCUGGAAGAACCAAAGCUGUUGCAUUUCAAAGGGAAUACAUUCAGUCUUCAGAUCUCUGUCCUUGACAUCCCUCCGUUCCUCUGGAGGAUCAAACCAUUCACUGCAUGCCAGGAAGUCCCCUUCUCCCGAGUGUGGAGCAGCAACCGGCAGCCACUGCACUGUGCCUUCUCCCUGGAGCGCUACACGCCCACCACUACCCAGCUGUCCUGCAAAAUCUGCAUUCGGCAGCUCAAAGGCCAUGAACAGAUCCUCCAAGUGCAGACAUCUAUCCUAGAGAGUGAACGAGAAACCAUCACUUUCUUCGCACAAGAGGACAGUACUUACCCUGCACAGACUGGCCCGAAAGCCUUCAAAAUUCCCUAUUCCAUCAGACAGAGGAUCUGCGCUACAUUUGAUACCCCCAAUGCCAAAGGCAAGGACUGGCAGAUGUUAGCACAGAAAAACAGCAUCAAUAGGAAUUUAUCAUAUUUUGCUACACAAAGCAGCCCCUCCGCUGUCAUUUUGAACCUCUGGGAAGCUCGUCAUCAACAGGACGGAGAUCUUGACUCGCUCGCCUGUGCCCUGGAAGAGAUUGGGAGGACACACACGAAACUAUCAAACAUCACAGAGUCCCAGAUUGAUGAUGCUGACUUCAACUACAGCAGGCAAAACGGACUCUAGUCUGUUUCUUCUCUUGAGGCAGUUACUAAUGAUGGCCUGCUUCAAAGCAGUGGCUUCAAGUGGGGAAGAUGAGGCAGAUAUCUGCCCAGGGGCAUUUGGGGGAACUCAGCCUUUAUUGAGAGUCAGUGAGAAUCCCUGGAUGAAGAAAAUGAGUUUGAUGUAGGUAGAACAUGUUAACAGUAGGAGAAAAAGAGAACCCUGCUGUUUCCUCUGAGUCCACACACGGGUAAACAUUGGAUAUGCUCCUCAGAUUUGUUGAGGAUAAAAGUGAAGGUAUCUGUAGAUACAAGUAGCUCUGAAAACCAGACACACAACAAUAAGCCAGGAAGGCAGAGAUUAAGUGCAUGCUUGGGGACAGGUUUUUAAUGACUUGCCCCACAGGGCCAGCUGAUUCCGAAACCAGAUUUUCAGAUUCCAACCAACUGGCAACCGGAGGUUGGAAAUCAUGGUAAGACUAGCUUUUCAGAAAUGAAACCAGACUGCUAACUUAUUAGUAUGAUGUCACCAAUGUCAGGGAGGGCAUUUAGAAUUUAGAAUCUGAGUACAUCACACCAGCACUUAUUAUAUGAGUCAUUUAACAGAGACAAGAUCAAGAAGUGAGAUAGACCUCAGACUAGUUCUUGGUACCUCACCUUCAUCCCCCACCCACCGAUCCACCCCCCCAGACAAAACUCAUUUCUCUCCUAUCCUGAAAGAUUGCAGUAUGGAGACAGUAAAGAACAUAGUUAUUAAUUUCAGUAUGGAAAUAUACUUCCCCUAACUCAACAGAGCAGGAGGUCCCCGCCAAGCCCCUCUAAUCUCAGAGUGCUGUUACAAAAAUGGCUUACUCCAUGAAGUGGCCACAAGAGAGGCUAGCUAGCCCAGGUCCAGGAAAAAUGUAUACCCUGCAGAUGUUCAAGGAGGUGAGAUUCCAGGAGAUGGGUAAUUAACCCAAGUUCUCCAACGUUUUUCAUAUAAGAAAUGUGUUUUUGCCAUGUUUUUCAAUCCAGAUUCUGGAAAUCUUCUAACCUUUUGUAGUAUGCUGUCACAGUAUGUCUCAAUAGGGCUUUCGGACAUCCUGCUGUUGUGUCUUUUGGAAACUUACCUGAUAGCCUUUCUGAGUAAACACCUGAGUGAGUGAGUGAGUGAGUGAGU